GGAGCUCUCCUCCCCGCGGCUCAGCCACCGCCAUGGCAGCCGCGAAGCCCACGGAGCCGGCGCCGCUCCGUGGCUCCGGGGCGGCGGUGGCCGCCUCCCAGCGAGCUUUCCUGCUUCCGCCGCAGAAGCCACGCCGUAUCAGAGCGGGGGCUAUCAGGGCAUCGCCUCGUUCCAGCAGCAGCGGUAGCCCCGACGAGCUACCCGCCGCGCUCCUGCCCAACGCGCGGCGGCUGCGGCGGCGGGACGGCUGCGGGUUCAGCCUCGGCAUAGACCUGGGGGAAGCCCGCACGGGACUCGCCGUCGGAAGGGGCGUCACCCUCCCCCGUCCCCUCACCGUUCUGAGGCUGCGCGGGCAGAGGCUGGAGCUGAUGCUGCUCGAUAUAGCUCACCAGCAGGAGGCCGACGAGCUGAUCGUGGGGCUCCCCGUCUCCGCCGACGGCAGCGAGACGCCGCAGUCGAACAAGGUGCGCAGCGUCGUCGGAAGGCUCGCCGUCCAAGCGGCCGACAGGGGAUUGCGGGUGUAUCUGCAGGAUGAGCACGGGACGUCGAUCGAUGCCCUCGAGUUCAUGAUCUCCAGGGGAGUCAAGCGGUCGGCGCGUGACGUCAAAUCUGAUGCGUAUUCUGCUAUGAUGAUUUUGGAGAGAUAUUUCUCGUCGUCAGGUCAAGGGGCUAAGAUAGUACUUCCUAAACAACCGGAACUACAGGGCAAAUUGAUAGCAAAGUCGAGGCAAGAUGCUGAAUUUUAGGAAGGCGUGUGCGUUCUCUAAUUUAGUAAAAGUACGGCUGAUAAUUGGUGGAAAUUCAGCCAACUGUAUGGAAAUUACAAGUUGAUCAAGGUUCUUUCCUUUGGUGUUUCAAAUGAACUGAGUAAUUGUGGCAACAUGCUUGAUGAAUAUCUCGUGGUUAGUUCUAAGUCCGGACUCCGCAGCUGGACUUCUUGUUCA